GCGAGAAGGGAAGGGAAACAUGACACUGCGACUUCUCUUCUCCUCCUCCUUUGCAGAAGAGACUUCUCCAUGCCACUGUCCUCUCUGUCGCUGCGUCCAUUAUUUCCCCCUUCCCGAAUCCAUUUCCAAUACUCCGCCACUGUGCCGCUGCCUUCAACUCUAUCUCCUGCUUGCCCUCGGCGAAGCUCAGCUCAGCUCCAUCGUCGCCAUCCUCGGCAGUUGUGCCCCCUACAACCUCCUCAUCUUCGGACUCACCCACGAGACCCUCUACUGGGAUGUGAAAAAUGUCAUCGUGCAAAUGCUUCAUGCUGCCAAAUUUAACUGGAUAGAGAUAAUAAGGAGGCACAAUUACCCAAAUUUGAGUUUGUUAUCCCCAAUCUCCGCAUAGGAACCCUGGAUUCUCUCUUAUCCCUUAGUGAUGAUCUCUUCGAGUCGAACAGCUUUGUGGAAGGAGUGUCUCACAAGAUCAGGUGUCAGAUUGACGAACUAGAGAGGGUGUCAGGUGGUGACAGUGGUGCGCUUACAGUGGAUGGAGUUUCGGUCGAUUUGUACCUCACAAGGUAAUCAGAUGUUGAAUCAACAUUAACAGCGAUUGAUGGAUUAAGCUUCAGACUAAUUUUGACAUUUGCGUUCAAAGGAACUAAGAAAUGAACUGCAACACAGAGAUGAACAAAUACCCUGAAUGUUUGAAGAUCCAUCUGCUUACAAAGACAAAGUUGUUGCCACUGGUCUACCCGCAUCUCCAGGAGCUGCAGUUGGCCAGAUUGUGUUCCGUGCUGAUGAUGCUGAAGCAUGGCAUGCACAAGGAAAGAGUGUCAUCCUGGUUGUUGUGGUUGGGGACAAGGUGAUUGAAGAAGGGGAAUGGCUUUCACUCAAUGGGUCUACUGGUGAAGUGAUCUUAGGAAAACAACAUCUUUCGCCUCCAGCUCUAAGUGGUGAUUUGGAGAUUUUCAUGUCUGGUGCUGAUAAAAUAAGGCGGCGCAAGGUUAUGGCAAAUGCUGAUACACCUGAAGAUGCACUUACAGCAAGAAAUAAUGGUGCCCAAGGGAUUGGACUAUGUAGGACAGAGCACAUGUUCUUUGCAUCAAAUGAGAGGAUAAAGGCUGUGAGAAAGAUGAUAAUGGCGGUUGAAAAGUAA